CGCCACCAUGUCGCUAUCGUCGUUCAAAAACCCGCCGACCUACCAUUUGCUGAGCUAUGGCACUCUUCUCGGCUCCACGCUCUACCAAUCCUUCGCCGCUGGCGUCAUCGCCUACAGAAUCCUGCCCCGCUCCCAGUUCGCCCAGCUGCAAAAACACACCUUUCCCGUCUACUUUUCCCUGCAGACUGCCCUCCCCGUCGCAAUGCUGUUGACCUACCCCCGCGGCGGCGUUACUUCUCUUCUGCCCUCGUUCCUCCAGCCUGCCUCGGCCGCCAAUCCCCCUCCGUCCUUUUCCUUCUUCGCGCCCGCCACUCCCGCCGCAUCCACGAACAAGCUCGCUGCCUGGCUGCACGCCACUAUGUUUGUGACUGCGCUGGCCAACUUGGUGUACAUUGGACCCAAGACGACUGAGAUUAUGGGCAUCAGGAAGCACCAGGAGACGCGGGACGGCAAGAAGAGCUAUGAUAAUGGGCCCCAUAGCAAGGAGAUGCAGGCGCUCAACAAGCAGUUUGCUAUUCUGCACGGUAUCAGCACCGUUGUCAACCUGAUUGGACUUGGCGCCAUGAUCUGGUACGGUGCUGUUCUUGCGGAUGGACUGAGCCUGUAAGAUGUUGAAUACUGUUAUGUCUAUGUGAUAAGGUGCGAUGUGGAGGCGUUUUUGACUCGCAAUGCAUACGUGGAGCAUGUAGAGAGAAGAGACGAAGAGACGAUUAAGGAUUAUGAUUGGAAGAAGGCUGUUGUGAAUCCGCCAUUAACGAAUAUAUAUACGUAUACAU